AUGAGGGCUGGAAAGCAUUUGACGAUCGUCAUCAAAAUUGGGACUUCCUCCAUUGUCGACGAGACCACCCACGAACCCAUCAUUUCGAUUCUCGCUCAGAUUGUUGAGACGGCCGUCACUUUAAGACGAGAUGGGCAUCGCGUCGUCCUUGUGUCGUCCGGGGCUAUUGGGGUCGGGCUACAGAGGAUGAAUAUGCCCAAGAGACCGAAACAUCUGGCUCAAAUUCAGGCCCUUGCUGCUAUCGGUCAGUCCCGCCUCAUGUCGAUCUGGGACUCCUUCUUUGCACAUAAGAACCAGCCCGUGGCCCAGAUCCUGAUCACACGCAAUGACAUCGCCGACCGCUCUCAAUAUCUCAAUGCGCAGAACACGCUCGCCGAGACCUUAUCAAUGGGGGUGAUACCCAUAGUCAAUGAGAACGACACGUUGGCAGUGUCAGAGAUCAAAUUUGGCGACAAUGAUACUUUGUCUGCUAUCGCCGCAGCCAUGGUCAAUGCAGACUAUCUAUUCUUGAUGACUGAUGUAGACUGCCUAUACGACAGAAAUCCCAGGAAGUUUGUCGACGCGAAGCCAAUCCUCGUGGUAGACGACAUCGAUGCUCUACAGGUGGAUGUCUCGUCUCGAGGGUCGGCGUUGGGAACGGGUGGUAUGGCUACGAAGAUCGUCGCCGCGCGACUAGCGACAGCCACAGGUACGAGCACGAUCAUCACAAAGUCUUCAAAACCAGGGAAUAUUGCCGCGAUUAUACGCCAUCUCCACCCACCUGUAGAGGUCGAUGGUGAGACUGGCACAAUGCUUUCCGUACCAAGUAUCCCGCCACCUUUGCAUACACGCUUCCUUCCGUCCUCAUCUCCAAUCCGCAACCGCGCAUUUUGGAUCCUCCACGGCCUCGCUCCCCACGGCACGCUCUACAUCGACCGCGGUGCCUCCGUCGCGUUGGCGAAUAAAGCCGGGCUGUUACCCGUCGGGAUCGUCGAUGUGGAAGGCACAUUCGCUCAACAGGAAGCCGUCCGCUUGGUUGUCGUGGACAAGACACCACUUGGUAGCUUAUCUCCCAUGGGCAAUUCUAACUCGAUCUCCAUGCAGUUGGUGUCGAGGGAAGAAGAAAUUGGCAGGGCGGUGGUGAACUACUCAUCUGCGGAGAUUGCGAGGAUCAAACGGCUUAGAAGUUCCGAGAUCAGAAAUGUCCUGGGAUAUGCCGACAGCGAGUACGUCGCGUACCGGGAGAAUGUAAGUCUGCGUGCGAGUGCCAGCGGCGAUAAGAGCAGGCCGGACACACCGAGUGGACCACGGACACCAACGAAAGAGAGAACGCCGGAAGCCAGUGUGGUGGAUUUGAAAAGUUGGAAGAUCGAGUGA